AUAAGGCAACAUGCUGAGGAAGUAAGUAUGUGACUAGCUUGCAAAAUGGCAACUGGAAAGGACACAUCUCUGCUGUCCUUGAUUCUCACCGUUGGGCUCACAGUGCUGGUAGCUACUGGACAAAAAGCAGAGCAACCAGAAGUGGUGACCAAAUAUGGGAAAGUCCGAGGGUACCAAUUCAAAGUAGAUGCAGCUGAGAGGAGUGUAAAUGUCUUUUUGGGACUUCCUUUUGCUAAGCCUCCAGUUGGACCACUGAGGUUUUCUGAACCACAGCCACCUCUGCCAUGGGAAGGUGUCAGAGAUGCCACUUCCUACCCACCAAUGUGUCUACAGGAUCAAGUACAAGGACAGUUUUUUUCAGAUCAGAUUACUAAUAGAAAAGAAAAAGUUGCCCUUCAAGUGUCUGAAGAUUGCUUAUACCUAAAUGUGUAUACACCCAUUUCUACAUCAAAAAAGGAGAAACUGCCUGUCUUUGUAUGGAUCCAUGGAGGUGGACUAGUUUUUGGAACAGCUUCAUCAUAUGAUGGUUCAGCAUUAGCAGCCUUUGACAAUGUGGUGGUUGUAACAAUUCAGUACAGAUUAGGUAUCCUUGGAUAUUUUAGCACUAGGGAUAAGCAUGCUCGGGGUAACUGGGGGUAUUUGGAUCAAGUAGCAGCUCUUCAGUGGAUUCAGGAAAACAUCAUACAUUUUGGAGGAGAUCCAGGGUCCGUCACUAUUGCUGGAGAAUCUGCAGGAGGAAUCAGUGUCUCUGCUCUUAUCUUAUCUCCCCUGGCUAAGGGCUUGUUCCAUAAGGCCAUUUCAGAGAGCGGUACUGCAAUCAGGGUUCUGUUCACUGACCAGCCUGAGGAGGAAGCAAAAAGAGUUGCAACUGCCUUUGGCUGUGAAAAAUCCAGUUCAGCUGCAACGGUUGAAUGCUUAAGAGAAAAAACUGAAGAAGAGAUAGUACAGACACAAAUAAAAAUGGAUUUGACAACACUGCAACUAUGCUAUACUUCACUUGAAAAAUGUGAUCAGCCUUUCCUGUUUGUCAGUGCAUCUGCAGAUGGUGUAUUUUUUCCAAAGAGUCCCAGUCAAUUGCUAUCUGCAAAAGCGAUCAAUGCAGUUCCAUAUAUAAUAGGAGUAAAUAACUGGGAAUUUGGAUGGGUACUUCCUAUGCUAAUGAAAUAUCCGGCUUACAUAGAUGGUCUGGAUAAAGACGUUGCUCAUCAAGUUUUACAGAGCUCCUUAGCAUUAUCAUUUAAGAGUGUUACUUCAGAACUUGUUCAUCAAGUAUACAAUGAAUACAUAAUGAAUGCAGAAACCCGUGCCCAGGUGCGAGAUGGCCUUCUUCAUGCAGUAGGAGACUCCCUGUUUGUUCUUCCAGCCAUUGAAGUGGCUAGAUAUCAUAGAGAUGCUGGCAACCCAGUCUACUUUUAUGAAUUUCAACAUCGACCAAGCUCAGCAACGGGUGUUGUACCUGAGUUUGUAAAAGCAGAUCAUGGAGAUGAGAUUGCCUUUGUCUUUGGAAAGCCAUUCUUAGCUGGGUAUGCUACAGAAGAAGAAAGUAACCUUAGCAGAACUGUUAUGAGAUACUGGACUAACUUUGCUAAAAAUGGAAAUCCCAACGGAGAAGGCUUGGUCCAUUGGCCUCAGUAUGAUCUGGAUGAAAGCUACCUGGAAAUAGACGUAAUGCAAAAGGCAGCAAAGAAGUUGAAAGAAGACAAGAUGGAGUUUUGGACACGGCUCACAAAACAAAUGUUGAAUGGAGGGCCAGAACACACAGAUUUAUAAGAGUUGGGGAGGGUACAGUUUGCUUUCAAAGCCCAAAGAAAAGUCAAACAAGAUUAGUUCAUCAUGAUGUAGAGUUUAAUAAUCACCUUCUAACUCACUGUUAUGUAAUAUGCUGUCAUGAUCACAGUGAAAGGAGAGAAUCAAAGGAAAUCUGGAAUGUUUGUGAGACUAAAAAUCAGUAUUUACUGAAGCAAGCAGGAAAAAAACCCACAAUCUUUCAGGCUCAAAAAAAACCCACAUGGAGUCUAUUCAGUGCAUAUCAAAAGAGAAUAACGCUCCUGUGAGAAGGCAAAAUUGACAAAUACUGAAAUCUAUAGGAAAUUAUCUAUGCAGAAUAUAUCCCAGGUGUCAGAAUAUGUUAUAUGCUUAUUCCCCUCUUAUUUCAGAAAGGAAUGUUCCACUGUCAUUCUUUCAGCCUCUUUCCACUUUCUUUAAUUAGAAAUAGUUUGUAGGGAGGAGAGCAUCCAUCAAAAAACAUCAGUGAGACAGGCUUGACACCUCACAAAUGAGGACAGAAAAUCUCUGCUUGUUUUCUUGUUUUGUAAACUGUUAUAAAUAAAUAUUGGUUUUGAUUUUUUGGAA